AUGUCCGGUUACGAUGGCUACAGCAGCUACAGGUCGACUCGCAAGAGGCAACGCUCAGAGUCCCCCUACGACGAUGACCGCAGAGACAACCGCAGAGACGACCGCAAUUACGACCGCAGAGACGACCGCAGAGACGACCGCGAUGACCGUAACGACCGCAAAGAUGAUCGUCGAUAUAAGUCUACAAGGCAUGACGAUGAUGAGGACGAGAACGAUGUCCUCCCGCAACCAUUUGACGCCCGUAAAUUAGCUCCGGCGAAGAGAACCCAUACCCCCACUACCAGCGGCGAGCCCAGAAAGCAGAAGCGGCCCGGCCAACGCGCCCGCAUCACGGAUGCCGAGCGCGAACAGAUUCGUCAACGCCAGAUGGAGCGCGAGCGCCAGGCUCAGCGGGAGGCAGAAGCGGUCGCCGAAGCCGAGCGCCGCAACACUGUUAAUGAUGUCGUGCGCGCCCAUUACAAUGCUGUGCCAGAGCGUGGCCGCGACUGGCGCAAGACAGACAGUCGUAUCAAAGGUCUACGCUCUUUCAACAACUGGGUGAAGAGCUGUAUCAUCCAGAAGUUUUCCCCUGACGAGGACCAUUCGCCCGGCGCCCGUGAGCGGGGAAUCAGUUCGAACAAUCAGCUACUAGUGCUAGACAUUGGAUGCGGCAAGGGCGGUGAUUUGGGCAAGUGGCAGCAGGCGCCACAGCCCGUGGAGCUUUACGUUGGGCUGGACCCAGCAGAUGUUUCCAUUGACCAGGCGCGUGAUCGGUACCGCAGUAUGGCAGCUCGUGGCGGUCACGGCGGCAGAGGCGGACGGGGUGGCUAUAAUAGGAGACAGCCGCCGCUCUUUGAGGCUCGGUUCCAUGUUAAGGACUGCUACGGCGAGUCGAUUGAGGACAUUGACAUUAUCCGACAGGUCGGAUUUGCGUCAUCCCAAAUUGGUGGCCCCAGCCAUCGGGGCUUCGACGUGGUCAGCAUGAUGUUCUGCAUGCACUACGCCUUCGAGACGGAGGCCAAGGCGCGCCAGAUGCUGAAGAACGUGGCCGGCGCGCUGAAGAAGGGUGGUCGGUUCAUAGGAUGUAUCCCCAACUCGGACGUCAUCAGCGCAAGGGUAGAGGAGUUCAACAAGCGAUUGGCCGAGCAGCAGAAGGCUAAGGAGGACCAGGCCCAACCCAGCGUUGAAACUGAUGGUAGCACGCCCAAGGAACAAAAUGGUGACUCUACCGAGAAGUCCUCGUCAGACCAAGCAGAGAGGAAGCCUACCCCACAGGAUGGCGAGGGCUCGGAAGAGGCACCUAGGCCUGAAGAAGAAGAAAAGGAAGAAGGGGAGCUGGAGGAAGGCGAACUUGAACCUACAUCUGAAGCUAAACCGCCCUCCGACCCAACCAUCGCAGAAUGGGGUAACGACAUCUACCGUGUGCGGUUCAACGGCCCUACGCCCGCCGACGGCAUCUUCCGCCCUCCGUUUGGAUGGAAGUACAACUUCUUCCUUCAUGAGGCCGUCGAGGAGGUUCCUGAAUAUGUGGUUCCUUGGGAGGCUUUCCGUGCGCUGGCGGAGGAUUACAAUUUGGAGUUGCAGUACCACAAGACUUUCCAGGACGUGUGGGAGACGGAGAAGGACGACCGAGAACUAGGUGCCCUGAGUGAGAGAAUGGGAGUUAGGGAUAGGAUGAGCGGGAAGUUGUUGGUAAGCCCAGAGGAGAUGGAGGCGGCGAGCUUCUACGUUGCUUUCUGCUUUUACAAAGUUUGA